CGCUUGCCCGCGUAACGGCAUCCCGGUUACUAUCAAAUAGCUCAAAAUACCGACAAAGGUAUACCCUGCUCGGAGGAAGAUCUGGCUCAUAUUGAACCAUCAUUGCCACGUAGUAAGCCUACGCGGAGCUUCAUCAGAAUGUUUACAUACACACAACUGAUCAGCUCCUUCCUGCUCGGUGUCUUGUGGGGCUGUGGCAUCAUCCAUAGGCUUCGAAUCCUCUCAGCGCGGACUAUGCAAUGCAGGGAAACCCUAGCCGGAAUCUAUAUCAUGAUCCUAGCUCUGCUGCCUUGUUUGGUUGCAUACCUUGAUCACUGUAUGCAUUCUGGGUCAGAAUUGGAAAAUGUUCAACGGAUUCCCAUCAGAUCCACUGGCAACUUGGGGCGUCUGUGAUGCAUAUUGAUGUCCACUGCACGCUGGUGCCGGUAUAAAACGUCUG